AUGCUAGACCCGGUCUCAGCGAUCAGUUUGGCCGCGGCAAUAGUGCAGUUUGUCGAUUUCAGCGCCGAAGUCAUUCAAGGUGUACGAGAAGUCAAUGGCUCAAUCUCUGGCGCCACCGAGCGCAAUCGGAGCCUCGAAGUUGUGGUGAGCGAAAUGAGAAAUCUAGUCCUGAAGUUCAGCAAACCGCACCACUCGCAGCAAAGUGAGGAUGAGAAGGCCCUAAAUCGCGUUGCCGAUGAGUGCAGGAUUCUGGCAGAGCAAAUUAUCGGUCUUCUCCAGAAGAUCAAGGCAGGGGAUUCGGACUCAACCCUCCAAGUCGUCUGGGCAGUACUGAAGGAUCGAAAAUAUCAGAGACAAAAGCUGGAACUAGAAGAGAGAUUGGAACGUUGUCGGAACCACCUAGAAUUCCAAUUGAACUAUUUGACCAGUGCUGAGGUGAAGACCAGACUGGAUACACUGGUCAACUCUGCUGAAGGUCUGGCUGAAAAAUUCGAAUUCCUUCGAAAGCAUGUUGAGCAAGUUCGCUGCGGAACCAGUGUUGCGUCCUUCAGCCCCGAGGCUCAAGAACAAAUCCGAAAGCUCGUGCAUCUUCCAGACGACGUACUCCUGGAAAUCAAACAGCAACGCGUUCUAAAAAGCCUCGCCUACAGUGACAUGCAAACAAGAUUUGAAGAAGUCCCCCAAGAACACAGCAAAACCUUCGAAUGGAUCUUUGAGGACACCACCCAAGGAAGCAGCCUAGACAACGACGACUCCAGCCGAGAGUCGUUUGUAGAUUGGUUGUCAUCCGGACGAGGGGUCUUUCACAUAUGCGGAAAACUGGGGUCUGGAAAAAGCACAUUGAUGAAGUUUUUGUGUAAUCACCCUCACACUGAAAGGGAAUUGCAACACUGGGCAGGCGGCCGAAAGCUAAUAUUUGCCAAAUUCUUCUUCUGGAGGGGAGCCAAAUCCGUGGAACAGAAGUCUGUCUCCGGCCUCAUUCGGUCGCUGCUCUACGAGACGCUACGUGCCUGCCCCGAACUCAUCCCCCACGUGUUACCAGGCCUCUGGGCUCAGGCCGAGUCCUCGUCCUGGCAGGCGGACAUGAAGCUCGAUCUCGGAAAAUUGGAGCGCCGAGCAGCAGUCUCCAGCCUCAUCACGCUUCGGAACUUGUACAAGGAGCACUGUUUCUGCUUCUUCAUCGAUGGUCUGGAUGAAUUCGAGAAGACUCCUCAGGACGGCUAUGGAGAUCUGAUCAGGCUGCUUGGCAGCUGGUCCGAGGCUGCACCGGAAGCCGUCAAGAUCUGCGUCUCAAGCAGAGAGGAUCUGGUUUUCAUGGACGCGUUCUCUAGCGAAAGGAGAUUUCGCCUUCAAGAUCUAACAAAGGAGGAUAUUCAACGUUACGUUCGGGAGACUUUACCGAUAGCAGCUCACGAACAAACCGAAGGAUUGAUCGACAAAAUAACUAAAAGGGCUGAUGGGAUCUUUCUUUGGGUGGCUUUGGUGACAAAGUCAAUUCGAGAUCAGUUGGAGGAGGGGUACGAGCUCUCUGUUGUCGAAGAAGAGCUUGACCGGCUUCCGAGCGAGCUGCAAAAGCUCUUUGAGCAUCUCCUCGAGACUAUCAGCCAAUCUCCCGGUUACAAGACAGCUCACCAUACCUUUGCGAUGGUUCUGAAGCUUAGAUAUUACAAGCUCGACCUGAUGUUGCUGGCAUAUUCUUUUCUGGAACAUUACGAAAAGGACCCGAGCUUUGCUAUGGAUGGAUCAUUCCCGUUUUUGAACACAGACGACGUUGGCGGAAGAAGACGAGAAGAUCAUGCACGCAGAAGACUGUACCGAGACUGCAGACACCUUCUGGAAGUGAAGGAAGACGGGGGAACUAUCACCGUCACCCACCGCUCCAUCCUCGAAUUCCUCGAAAGUCAGGCUGUCAAGGACACGAUGAAGUGUGAUCUUGAUGGCUUCAGCACGGAAGAGGCAAUUUCUCAACUCUUCCUUGCGGCGUUGCGGUACAAAAGGGAAAGAUUUCCCGAUAGAUUUUUGAGUCGUGUCGUUUAUAACAUCAUCCUUAUGCGAGACGAAAGUGGCAUCAAUCAAGAACCAUAUCAUUUUCUGGAAGCUCUGAGUGCCGCGGCGUGUCCUGUCGCGAUUCAUGACCCUGGGACCUGUAUGCAGCCACAAGAGCAUAGAUUGAAGAUGAUUUGUUAUGCGCAGGGAGAGUUUUUCGUUAUAACGGCUGGGCCUACGACAUUGGAGCCUUCAACAGGGGAAGACCUCCUCACAUCUCCUGUCUAUGUUUCGGCAUUUGUGGGAGCUUGCCAAUACGUCGCCUGGAAGAUACAACGCGAUCAAACCAUUAUCCAAAAUAGGUCCGAAAUUGCUCUUAUUUUAUGCUGCAUUGAAUCCGGGGGCGUAGCGCCUGAAGCCUUUCGCAGAAGGAUGAGUAUUCUCGAACACCUUCUCACCCGAGGGCUCUCUCCUAACGCCAUCAUACACAAUAGCAUUACGGCGACUUGCUACUACCCUGAAGAUCUGAGUUUCUGGCAGCAUUUCGUCCUGCGGAUUGGACUGUGGAUGGGUUGGUCGGAUGAGACUAAGAAUGUGUUCGGCGAAGUAGUGGAGAGCUUUCUUGCCCAUGAUGCAGACCCUUACGUGUGGAUUUCGAAGGCUUUUCGAAGUCGGGGCCGGAGGAGGAACGAAGGUCUGGAAGUGACUUUCGGAAGAGAGCGAUCUAAGACUAUAUCACUGGAGGACUUCGACCAUUCCGAAGAAUGGUUCCCUCUUUUGGUUGAAACAGGCAAAACGGCUUCGCUCCGAGACAUGGUAGAGUUCUGGAACUUUGAUAACCAGGAGGCGAUCUUGCAGUUACUGGAUGCGAAUGUGCGGCGACGAGAACUGAUGGCGAACGUGGACGACGUGUCAAACGAUCAGCUACCCAAAGACCAGGAGGAAUGUGUGAUAGAAGCUCUGGACACGCCUGGACCUCAGGAGGAAGCGCCAACCACAUCAGCAUCAACCUUGAGAGAUGCGGUCGCGGAGAACCCGACGAUGCAGCCUUCGACCACGAGAGACCUCUGGUGGUUGCUCCAAUGGUCGGUGCGGAGUCAUGUUCUUCCAUUCCUGCUAGGCAUCCUUGUGGCCUGUGCUUUGCCUCGACUGUGGACUCUGCUGACAACACAGUCGAGUAUGAGAGAAGAGGGAAGAGGCGGGGGGAUUUCAGAGCUGUAA